UUGUGUUUCCGUACAUCCGGGUAGCGGGCGUUGCGUUCAAAGAAAAUAAAAAAACAUGGGGGGAUUUAAACACCUUAUGUAGUUCAAACUCGACUUAUGCUUAUAGAAAUGUGACUAGACAAAUAAGUAAUUUUAAUGUUUUGAUAAAAAGUCGUAAAAUGGACACGGGAGACCCAAAUAGAACGAAGGUCAGGGAGCUGCCUCCCCUUCCCCAGCGAGGACAGCGAACACUUCCAAUGUCCAGCGGGGAAGCAACAGAUCUUCCGGCACCGAAACGUAAGAAGAAGAGGGUGAGGAAGGACAUGGUUGGAAUGAGUGAAACAGAUGAUCAGGCAGUGGAGAUGGGAGGCAUCGACAGCCGACGGGCGUCUGAGACCGGAGGUCAGCUGACCCUGGAAACCACGGCAGACGUGUCGACACACAGGAGGAAGAAGAAGAAGAAAGCUGCGUCGACAGACGUAGAGGAUGACCAAGCUGACCUCGUCAACGGAGACACGGGAGAUCAAACCACCGACGGAGAAGAGGUGGUCAAAAAACCCAAGAAGAAAAAGAAGUCAAAGGUGGCUGAGUCGCAGCUUCCUGAAGAGUUUGGAGUAGAAGAUGACGACAUCAUCACUGACGCCUCUUCUCCGAUCCCCCAGCACUCCUUGUUCUCAGCUCCUCAGGGUCAGAGCCAGCCGGUCGGGAAGGUGUUUGUGGAGAGGAGCAAACGAUUCCAGGCUGCAGAGCGCUCUGACAGGAGGAAAACCAGCGACCAGGUGGACAACGUGGCAGAUCUCCAGCACAUGCAGACCCUGUGGACCACCAGAGACGUUUCCAUCAGAGUGCACGAAGGCUUCAGGAUGUUCGGUCUGUACUGUCAUGGCUUCCUGGCCGGUUACGCUGUGUGGAAUGUGGUGGUGGUGUACAUGCUCGCUGGGCAGCACCUCACUGCUCUGUCCAACCUGUUGCAGCAGUACCACAACCUGGCGUACCCGUCCCAGUCUCUGCUCUACAUGCUGCUGGCCAUCAGCACUGUGGCCACCUUUGACAGAGUGAAUUUGGCCAAAGGCUUCAAAGCUCUGCGGGAGUUCAUCACACUCGAUCCAGUGGCUCUGGCUUCGUUCUUAUAUUUCUCAGCAUUGGUCCUGUCUCUGAGCCAGCAGAUGACCAGCGAUCGCAUCAACCUCUACCCUUCCUUUAACACAACAUUAUGGCCUGCAGGGUCGGAGCACCACGUUCUUCACCCGUGGGUCACCAUCAACCUGGUGGUGGCUCUGCUUGUGGGUUUGGCUUGGGUUUUGAUUGCCACCAGACCUGAGACAGACUACACUGAAGGCUACCUGAGGUCCAUGGAGAUUGAACCUCCAAAGCCAGAUGACAAAUCAGAAAUCACUGCCUGAUUUUUAAUUUUUUAAUUUUUUUAGUGGAGAGAUCCUGUAUGUUGUCUUUUCUUGCUCAACUUUGACGUCUCAUUUUUAAAUUAUAAUGUAUUUCUAUAAUAAAAUAUGCUCAUCUAUUUUUAAAUAAAGCAUUUUAACAAUCUUC